AUGUCGCGCAGGCCUUCGAUGCAGUUGGGCAGUAGUGUACCCUCGUCGCGGGCGUCGGUUAACGUCGACUGGCAGAAUCCUGACUCUGUUAUGCUGGACAUAGUCAACAGGCAUCUUGCGGCGGAGUCAGGAAACUCGUUGACGCUUUUGGGUGGGGACAUGACACGUGACCUAUAUCGGUGGACCAGCGAGCAGGCUGCUGCGCCGCCGCCGCCGGCGCAGCAGCAGCAGCAGCAGCAGCAGGGCGUGCCACCCAUGCUGCUGGGGGGGAGGCCAGCGUCGCCGCUGGCCUCCGUUAGUGGCAGUUCGCGAAGACGGUCGAUGAGUUUUUCCGGGUCAUAUGCAGGCACGUUUAGUGAGAUGACUGCCAACGAGAUGAGGGCGCCUAAUGGGUUCCGGCGCAGCUACAUGUUGAUGAACAACCAGGCGAAAAAGUCAGAUUUCAUUACCAGGAAUUUCAUUGAGUUUCUCAGUCUAUACGGGCAUUUUGCCGGCGAGGAUCUUUCUGACGACGACGACGACGACGACGGUGGGGGUGGGGGUGAGGGUGAGGGCGGGCUGGGCGGGCUGGGCGGCGGCGGGAGAAGGCUCCAUAGAGACAGGGAAUCAGUACUUUUAUCGGAUGAGGAGGAACCGCUAUUGGGUACUGUGGAAGAACGCAGUAGCAGUGCUACUAGGAGCGGCGGCAGGAAGGGCAAGGCGUCGGUUUUCAAGACGGUGUUGUUGUUAUUAAAAGCCUUUGUUGGGACGGGGGUACUAUUUAUGCCAAAGGGUUUCCAGAACGGCGGCUGGUUGUUCAGUUGUGGGUGUCUUAUUUUCUUUGGAGUGGUGUCGUGUUUUUGUUUUUUACUUUUGAUCGAGGCUAAAACAGAGGCGUGUGUAAAUGGGUAUGGGGACUUGGGGAGGGUAGCGUAUGGCAAGAGCAUGCAACGUGGGAUCUUGGCGUCUAUCGUGUUGUCGCAGAUAGGGUUUUCUGCAGCGUAUACGAUUUUCACGGCGACCAACUUGCAGGUGUUUUUUGGGGAGGUUUUCGGUUGGUCGCAUCGGCUGUCGGUCUAUAUCUUUUUGCAAUUGGUUGUGUAUUUGCCCUUGGCGUUGACUCGGAGGAUCUCCAGGUUGUCGGGCACUGCGCUUGCUGCAGAUGUGUUGAUUUUGUUUGGUUUGGUGUACGUCUACGGCUAUAGCGCGGUAUAUGUGUUGCGGUAUGGGGUGGCAUCGCAGUCUAUGAAAAUGUUCAAUCGUCAGGAUUGGACGUUGUUUGUGGGGACUGCUAUCUUUACGUAUGAAGGCAUUGGUCUUUUGGUUCCAAUUCAAGAGUCGAUGAGCAGGCCGGGCAGAUUUGCGUCGUGUCUUGUGUGGGUCAUUGCAGCAGUGACGUCUAUUUUCAUCUCCUGUGGGCUGCUCUGCUAUUCUGCGUUUGGAUCCCGUGUGGAAACGGUCAUCUUGUUGAACUUCCCCAAGGAUAGUGUGCUAAGCAGCAGCGUGCAGUUUCUGUAUGCCAUGGCAAUCAUGCUUUCGACGCCUCUACAGUUGUUCCCCGCCAUCCGUAUAUUGGAACACGGCAUCAUUUCCUCCUCGGUGUCCGGGAAACAUGACCCAAGGGUCAAAUGGGCGAAAAAUUGGUUCCGGGUGCUUGUUGUGUUUGUGACCGUCUCCAUCGCAUGGGUUGGCGCCGACGACUUGGAUAAAUUCGUGUCCUUGAUUGGCAGUUUUGCAUGUGUCCCGCUAAUCUACAUAUACCCACCGUUGCUCCAUUACAUGCUUUUCAAGGGCACUGGCCGUGUUUCCAACGCGGCCUUGUUCCUCGACCAGCUCGUGGUAUGGUUCGGAGUCAUCGGCAUGUUCUACACAUCCUCACAAACCGUGAAGCAGUGGCUCCAAUAG